GUUCAGAUUCAGGCAUCACAAGCCACGACUUCUAUGACAUGAGCCAUGGGCGAUGUUAUAAGGGAUAUAUUUUAAAGUUGGAGGAAAUAUAUUUUCCAUCUUGAAGAGAUUUGGCUGGCGCCGUGCCACCUGUACCACAACUCCACCAUGCUCCCUACUCCUGGAUCACGCGCACAGCAGGUGCGGCCGCCCGCCCCAGAAUUCAGAAACGCCCACGCAGAACUGUUAACUGCCAAACGAUUCCGUAACCCCACAGGCCCCCACUCUUCCCUUCACCUGCCUGAUACGAUAUCCCGCCAGAAUUCCUCUUCUGGCUCUCGUCGUUGACACCACCUUGAACAUUUCCCGAGCCAGCAAACCGCGAUCAUCGCACCUAUUCAUCGGGCCGGAUUAUUUAUAUGCCCCAUCAAGGAACACCCUAACUCGAUCUCCGUGGCAAUGAUCCCGACAAAAUAAAGCAGAAGAAUACGAAUAUGGGCAUCGAGCGAUAAGAGGUCCGAGAAUCCUCUUUGUUCUUCUCCAGCUUCUUCCACGGGCCAUGGCAGCGCCGGCGAAGGAGGCGGAGUACGAGUUCGAGUGGGGCCCGUCUCCUGCGAUCACCGGUGGAUCGCCAGCGGCGAGGAUCACCCCCGACUUCAGCCCCCCUCUCAUCGCCAUGGUCGCCGUCGUCGGCACCGCCUUCCUCAUCGUCCUCUACGCCCGCAUCCUCUCCCGCAUCCUCCACCGCUUCCGCUGCCGGUGGCGCCGCCGCCGCCGCCGCCGCCUGCUCCAGUACGCCGCCGCUGCCGACCUUGAAUCCCCCCCUCCCCCCGGCGGCGCCGUGUCUUUCGACUCCUCCGACGACGACUUCCGCUCUCCCUACGGCCUCGACGACUCCGCGAUCAAGACCCUCCCCCUCUCACUCUACUCCAAGUCCAAGGCCAAGCACCUAGCCGCCACCAAUCGGGACUGCGCCGUGUGCCUCCUCGAGUUCGAGGACGACGACUCGCUCCGCACGCUCCCCCUCUGCUCCCACGCCUUCCACGUCGACUGCAUCGACGUCUGGCUCCGAUCCCACGCCACCUGCCCUCUCUGCCGCGCCGCAGUUUUCCGCCACGAAUCCCCCUUCGUCCCCAUGCGGGCUGCCCGAAUCCGCCCCAGCCUCGAUGAUCUCCUCCUCCAUCAGCCGCCCGAGGCCUCGCAGCCUCUGCCGGAAACCGAAUCCGAGAUCGGCGCUGCCGCCUCCCCGCCCUCGAUCCGCGGGGACGACCGAUUCGGCAUCCGGGACAUGGAUUUCCUUCUGAAGAGGUCCUAUUCUUUCGGAUUCGAGAGGAGCCUGGCGGCCGAUCGGAUGGUCCUGGAGGCCUCCAUGGCCUCGCCGUGGCGGUACCGGUAUCGAAGCUUCUGGAGCAAGCGGUGGCCGUCGCCAUUCGGCGGCGUCAGCGGGGGCGGCUCCUCCUCCGCCUCCCGGGCUGCGAGGGUUUUCUCUUUCCGGUCCUACCGGAGCGUCGCCACAAAAUCGCCUUUCCUGCGACGUCGGGGGUUCUUCCCGCUCUCGUCAGAGCCGAGCGUCCGGCUUGGCGGCGGCGCGGGGCCCUCGUCGCGGCGGAGCCGCUCGAUGACGAGCCCGUCGGCGAUCUUCAUGCGGCCACCCCCGCCACCGGCGGCGGGGUUCUCGUCGAGCCGGUUGCGGUGCGGGGAUCCCGAGGCGCUGCUGUCGCCGGAGAGGCUGAACCGACGGUAGCCGGUCGAGGGUGCGUGCGUUGACCUGGAGUCGGCGGUGGCAGGAGAGAGGCCGGACGGAUGGGGUCACCGGCCGGGCGCUUUUAAUGGUGAGUCGCAUGCGAGAAAUUAAUGUGCUGCCGGCUUCUUUAAUGAAAGGGGCGAUAGCGGGAGAGAGGAGGAUUUUUAUUUCUACUCUCUCUUCUCUCCCCUUUGGUACUUGUGGAGGACCAAGGCCGGUUGGUGGGCAUCAUUAAUGCUGCUUUUAUCAAAUGGAAGAAGAUGGGAGCAGGGAUUUUUCUUGCUUUUUCAGUCCGCCUCCUAGUCGACAAACGCGCGAAGUGUCGCAACGGGCGAUGGACACGUGGGCUGCGUUGAUACGGGACGCCACCGUUGCAUCGGGUUUCGACGCCGCCGUGCCGGGGCGGGGCGGAUAACGGUUUUCGAUGGCUUAAGCUUUUUCUCCGGACGGACGACGGGACGAGCGCGCGUAUAGAAACAUUUGUGCGGGAUCGACAUGCCAUUUGCCUGCGCGGGUCCGCUCUUCUCAGCUCUCGCCCAUGGCUCGGAAAGACAAAGCUGAUGGUAGAUCCCAACUCCCAAGCCAGUAUAAAAAACUCUAUGUUGCACAUAUUAAAGACAGCAAUGUCCGAUGUUGAUAUUUCUUACGAGCACUGAAUCACAGAAUCAGUGGAAAUGAUAUAAAUUAAAUCUACUCUUGAGAAUUGGCUUUU